UUUGCCAUUAGCAGCUUCCACCACCAUCCAGUUCUCAAGCUUUCUUGUUGAAGAGCCAUAUGGUAUACAGAGGCUGACCAAGUUAGCAAGUUCAAUACUUCGGAACUUGGUGUUUCUCAACUUUUGGUAAUUUCUCAGUAACUGGUAAUAUGAUUUCUCUUCGUGGACAUUUCUGCAAGUGUAGUUGCAUGCUCAGAAACCUCAAUACCAAACUCUUUUAUGAAAACCCUUUUCAUCAAUACUUGCCUAAGCUGAAGAGCAUGGAUGCUCAUUCCUAUAGUUUGAAUCCCAUUAAUAGUACUCUGAGGCCAGUACACUCUUUGACUCAACCCCACUUUGACAUAGUACCCAAAGUUGCUUCCACUGGAUUUCUUGGUAUUUAUGAGCAAUUUUCAUUGCAUAAGUUUUACUCAUCCCCAUCUCGAUCUUUUAGAAGAAGAGAAAAUAAAAGAUUAGAAUCCAGUAGAAAACCAACUCUUAAUCAAGCCCAAUUCCAAAAGUCUGUGUCCCAGUUGUUGCCUAGAUUUACGCCUGAAGAACUGGGUGAUAUUAUAACUAAGCAAGAAGAUCCUCUUGUGUGUUUAGAGUUGUUCAAUUGGGCAUCCCAACAGUUGCGGUUCAAACAUGAUGUUAACAGUUAUCACAUUACAAUAAAGAAACUUGGUGUGGCUAAGAUGUACGAAGAGAUGGAUGACGUCGUCAACCAAGUGCUUGCUAUGUCUCACAUGGGUUCCGAGGCGCUGUUUAAUUCGAUUAUAUACUUUUUCACAGAAGCUCGGAAGUUGACUAGAGCUGUCAAUAUAUUUAAACACAUGAAGAAUAGUAGAAACACGGACUGCAGACCUUCAGUUAGGACAUACAAUAUUCUCUUUACUGCCUUUUUGAGUAGGGGAUGUAAUACCUACAUAAAUCACAUGUAUAUGGAAACCAUUAGAUGUCUGUUUAGGCAAAUGGUGAACGAUGGGAUUGAACCUGAUAUUUAUACUUUGAAUUCUAUGAUUAAGGGGUAUGUUCUUUCCCUACAUGUGAAUGAUGCACUUAGAGUAUUCCAUCAGAUGGGUGUGGUCUAUAACUGCCUGCCAAACACAUUUUCCUAUGAUUAUCUCAUCCAUGGAUUAUGUGCUCAAGGCCGAACAAACAAUGCUAAGCAGUUGUGCGAUGAAAUGAAGACUAAAGGGUUCAUUCUGAGUAGUAAAUCUUACAACUCACUUGUGAAUGCUUUGGCUCUUAGUGGAGAGAUUGAGGAGGCAGUGAAGUAUUUGUGGGAGAUGGUUGAGAAGCGGAGGUCAACUGAAUUCAUUACUUAUAAGACGGUACUUGAUGAAUUCUGCAGACAAGGACUGGUUGGACAAGCAAUGAAGUUGCUAAAAGAGUUUCAAGAGAAAGACAUUGUGAGCGGGCAUGCUUACAGGAAGCUCCGAUAUGUGCUUGAAGAUGACUAUGGAGAUUCUGUUUCCCAUACUCGAUUGAGAUAAACGAAGUCUAAUGGUUACACACUUGUGCAAUGCAUCAUUGGAUAUAGUUUUAUGAUCACUAAGAAGGUUGCCAUUUGGUUGAAAAUCAUUCUUUGGGAAUAUUACAGCUUAACCCACACUCCGACGAUGCUGUUAACAAAUCAGCACAGCUGUUGCUGCCAAGCAUGUAUUCAGCCACCCCUCUUCCACUUGCACAUGCCCAUGUGACAUCAUCCUUCCUUGUCCAAGUCAACACCAGGUCUUUUAUCCAAUUGCUCGAAGAGCACCACCAGACAUCUGUUCGAUUCCGUGGAAUGACUGAGAAUGUGAAAAAUGUUGCAAUGAAGAAGAUGGCAUGUGCAGCUGAGUAAUGGUGGAAGCAGUGAAUGGUGGGGUGAAGGUGUUGUUUAUAAACAAGAAGCGAAUUGAGCUUGAAAUCCUAGCAUUGGCUGCCACCCUUUCACGCUUCAUCAAGUAGACUGAUCAGCGGCUGUCAGUCACCCAUUCUAUGAACACUGUCAUGAAGGGUAAAGCAACCAGAUCAUCAUCACCUCAUAGAACUUGGGGCAAGGAUGAAUCUGAUGAGCUUCCGAGCGAGGUGCAUGUAGUGCUGGUUAUUUCAGAUCUCCUAUCCAAGAUGCGAUGGGGUUGGGCUGCUGUGCGUGCCUAAUUAAAAUAUGGGGUACGGUUAUAAUUAUAUGUGAUGCGUGAUGAAAAUGUGCCCAAGUUUUGGAGCUGUACAUGUUUUGUUCUAUCAAGAUGCAUGAGUUUUACAUAAUGUAACGAGGUACUUUGUAUUAAUUGGAAAUAAUACUUAAACAAAGAUCAAUAAGAUCUUGUAAUACCCCUGUGAAAUUGAUGGAUUACUCGGACUGUACAAAAUUGUGAUAUAACAAUAGAACAAGC